GGUUUUUCUCCACCCCUAGGUAUCAUGGAGAAUGAUGGAGGGGAGAUGUAUGAUAGAGGUGUUAUGAAAAGAAAGCAGCAAGGGCAGGUAAGAGUAGGAAAAGCUGAAGGCUUAGAGCUUUCUUUCUCAGGUUCUCUUCAUGCUUUUUUUCUCACUCUAGCCUUGGAAAUCUAUAAAGUUUGGAAUUUGAUGCUUCUCUAGCUGUUUGUGCGAGUACCCAUUUGGUGAAUUUGGUGUUUCUUCUCGAAUUUAAGCUAGCAUUUGAUUCUCUCGAAGGUACUGUCCAACACUCAAUUUAUGCCACACUGAAUACUGUGCCCCAUUUCAGUUCUUGAAUUGCUUCUGUAGAAUUCGAUGCUUCUUUGGUCUUUUGGGGGACACCCAUCUCAACAUUUCAAAAGGUUUUCAAGAACUUCCUUUUCUUAGUUAUUGAGGGGUCACUGGAUCUUGAAUCAAAGCUUGAUCUGAUCAUAUGCUUAUUUACUCAAUAAUUCUUCUCCAAUCCCCACUUUUAGUCUUCAUUCAUUGUUUGAAGCUUGAGGUCAUCCUCUUCCAUUGGGGUUUCAAUUUUCAAUUCAAUCAAUCACAUUGUUGUUUAAUUGAGUGGAGAAUGAGAAAGUUUUUGGUUUCUCAUGUAAGCUAAAGGAGAAAAAGGGAAUCAUCUUUCUUUUUUCGUUAGUCUGGUGAGCUGUUACUUAGCUAAUGCCAUUCCUUUGUUAUUGUCCACUUUAUACUCUGAAAGGUUCACUUUCUUGUCUGUGUGAAGCAUUUUUCUUUUCUCCAUUGCACUAGAGAAGGCUCGUAGCUAGGGUUUUCAAAAGAAAAGAUAAUUACCUGUUGUUCCAUAGAUUUUAUGCCUGAUACAUUGGAUUUCUGCUUUUACUUUGAGUGCUUGGGAUGCUGCAAUUUGGGGUUUCUU